AGGGAAGGGUAAAUUAUCCGGUUAUUUGGAGUGUUCCUGUCACACAUAAGAGUAAAAUCUUAAAAUUAGACUCUGAAAUAUUUUGAAUUUUUUCGUUAUUGGUGUUUUGUCUUAAAAAAAAGGAGGUUAAUUGGACUUGAGGACUUGUUGGCUGCUUUCUCCGGCUUUUCCAGCGCGGCGUUUUUGCGCACCUGAGUCCGCGGCUCAGCAUGACUCUCAAGCAUCCGAGAAACUGAACUACCAUGGUGACAACACUACCCGGUGACAUGCCUGCUGUGGAGAACAUUAAUUGCGCGAAUUUUCACUGUGGACUAACCACCGGAGUCCAGGUGUCAGCAGGGAGAGCUGAUGUGGCCGUUUGGAGGAGCGCACCAGUUUGAUGUCAGCUGGGAUUUGACAGAGCGCAGGAGUUUGGGAUGCAAGAGAAACCCUAGAGAGACAAUCCCCGGCGACUUUUCCCUGGAUUCAACACGGGCUGCCCGGAGCCAUGGCCUCUGAGGUGGUGUGCGGGCUGGUCUUCAGGUUGUUGCUGCCACUGUGUCUUGCAGCUGCUUGCCUGUUCAGGUACAAUGCCCUGUCCUUCGUCUACCUCAUCUAUCUCCUGCUUAUCCCACUCUUUGCAGAGCCCACAAGCACAACAAUGCAAGGCCACACAGGGCGUCUGCUGCAGUCCCUCUGCUUCACCAGUAUGUCCUUCCUGCUGCUCCACAUCAUCUAUCAGAUUACCGUCAACAGCCUCCUGGCCGGGAAAUCCAUCACCUCUGACUUCAACUGUUCCACGUGGGAGAAAUCCAUAAGACAAAUUGGCUUUGAGAGUGUGAUUGGUGCAGAUGCAGGGAACGGCAUCCGAGUGUUCAUCCCUGACAUCGGCAUGUUCGUGGCCGGCUUGGCCAUCUGGCUGCUGUGUCGCAGUCUGGUCCAGAAGAGGCCGCCUGAGGACAUGGCCCAGUACAACGCCGACUUCGAAGCAGAAGAACAAGAGGAAGAGGAGAUGCUGAGCCUGGAUGACAACAUCCUGCUCGAGGAGGACUUUGAAGCCGGGUACGAGGCAGGGGAGGAUGAAGAGGAGGAGGAGCUGUACGAGGAGGAAGAGGAGGAGGAGGAGGAGGAAGAUGAGGAGGCAAAGGAGAGCACCAAGAUGAAGAUUCUGCGGCUCGUGGCGGAGGUUGCAUCCAAAGUGAAGGAAAUUAUCGGGAACUUGAUCACCACUGCGGGGAAGGUGGUGGUCACCAUCUUGUUGGGCAUGACAGGUAUCAUGCUGCCUUCAUUGACCUCGGCUGUCUACUUCUUCAUCUUCCUCUUCCUGUGCACCUGGUGGUCCCUCCGCCGGACCUUCGACACCCUCAUCUUCAGCUGCAUGUGCGUCCUGAUGGCCAUCUUCAGCGCUGGACACCUCAUCGUCCUCUACCUCUAUCAGUUCCAGUUCUUCCAGGAGUCCAUCCCACCUGGCGACAGCUACAUCAGUUUUUUUGGCAUCUCCCCCAUCGUUCAGAGCAACUGCUCCUACACAUGGAAGCUCAUCGUGCACCCGGACCGUAAGUGGUACCACUUUGUCAAUCCCAUCAUGCUGCUGAUUCUGUACUACACCCUGGCCACACUCAUCCGCCUCUGGCUGCAGGAACCCAUCGACCAGCUGACGGACGACAAGGAGGGCGAUAUGUGUGAGGAGGAAGAUCUGGAUGGAAACAGAACGAAUAACUCGGCCAACAGGAAGAGGCAGCUGUGGUGGGAAUUACGCCAGGACACAGAUGAGAAAAACGCUGUGCCCACCUCAAACGGGACGUCCUUUGACUUCGUAACGACUGAGAAUGGACCAGUCUGCCUGGACUUGUACUCCACCCCCCAGUAUAAAAUGGACCAGCCCAAUGACGGUACAGAGAAGAAGGACGAGUGUGUGUAUGAAGUGUGUUUGCCUCCGGAGGAUUCAGCGCUGGAGGGAGGAGAGGAGAAGUCUGAGGAAGGAGAGGAUGAUAUAAAGAAAAGAGGAGUCAGUGCAAUGGUCAAAAUCUUCCACUUCGUCAUGAAACAGAGCUACAUCUGUGCUCUCAUCGCCAUGAUGGCGUGGAGCAUCACAUACGUCAGCUGGCUGACGUUCGUCUUCCUCAUGUGGUCUUGCAUGCUGUGGAUGGUGAGGGACCGGCGGCGUUACGCCAUGCUGUCGUCUCCCUUCAUGGUGGCCUACGGCAACCUGCUGAUAGUUCUGCAGUACAUUUACAGUUUUGAGAACCUACAACCAGUCCCAGGGUUCUUUGUCAAGAAGAACAACCCUUUCCACUCACUUUCAUCCAAGGUCCUGUGUCUGCUAAGCUUCUGGCUGCUGCUGAGACAAACGCUUACAGAGAGAUUGGAAAAACAAAAAGAGGACAGUGCCGGUCUCUCAGACGUUCAUGUGGAGGAUCAGAAGAAGAAGGAGAAAGAAGACUCUGAGGAGGGAGGGGAGCAGGACAUCAUGCAGGUUCUGGGCAACAUGGUCAUGGCUCUGCUGGUCAAAUACUGGAUCUACAUCUGUGGCGGCAUGUUCUUCUUCGUCAGCUUCGAGGGAACCAUCGUCAUGUACAAGAUCAUCUACAUGAUGAUGUUCCUCUCCUGUGUGGCGCUUUAUCAGGUGCACUAUGAGUGGUGGCGAAGGAUCCUGAAGUACUUCUGGAUGUCGGUGGUGGUUUACACCAUGCUGGUCCUCACACUGGUUUACACCUUCCAGUUUGAACGCUCGCUGUCCUUCUGGUGCAGCAUGUUGAGAAUGGAGCAAGAUGGAUGCAAAGAGCGCUUGGCCGAUCUGGGUCUGGAGAAGUUCGGUGUCCCCAUGCUGUUCACCAGGAUUUUCAUUCCCACUUCCUUCCUGCUGGUGUGCAUUCUCCACCUGCACUACUUCCAUGACCGCUUCCUCCAGCUCACCGACCUCCAGGCUGUAGUGGCCAAAGAGGAAAGCACUAUUUACAGAUUGGUGCACCAGGACGGCAGCCUGGCAGACCUCACCAUGCUCAGCGCCAGCUCGGUGGAGGCGUCGCUGCCCAGAGAGGAGCCGGAGCCACAGGAGAAGCAGAAGGAGCAGGGGGAGUGGGGGGCGGAGAAGGAGCAGACUCUGGUUGUGGUGAUGUCUGACACUGAAAUGACUGAGGAGAAACCCCGGAGCUUCUCCGACCACCUGCAGUCCAGCACAGACGAGAGCCACCACUGCAGCGCGGGGACCGAGCCUGAGCCGAGCACCGAGCAGAGCUCAGAUCUGAAGAAUAAAUGGCACCUGGUGGUCGACCGUCUGACCGUGCUCUUCCUCAAGUUCCUGGAGUACUUCCACAAACUGCAGCUGUUCAUCUGGUGGUUACUGGAGAUCCACAUCAUCAAGAUCGUGUCCUGCUACAUCGUCCUGGUCUCUGUCAAAGAGGUGUCUCUGUUCAACUAUGUGUUCCUGGCGUCCUGGGCCUUCGCGCUGCCCUACAGCCAGUAUCGGCCCCUUGCCUCCAGCGUUUGCACUGUGUGGACGUGUGUCAUCAUCGUGUGCAAAAUGUUGUACCAGCUAAAGUCUAUAGACCCACCAUCCUACUCCAAGAACUGCACUAUGCCAAAUGGCUACUUACCGGACCAGAUGACUGAGAUGCAGGAUUCCCUUUUGUAUAAGGGGCCGGUGGAUCCGGCAAACUGGGUUGGCCUGGAGAAGUCUGGUGACCUGCUGGGCUACCUCAGGAACAACCUCCUGAUGCUGGCUCUGUUAGCAUUCGAGGUGACCAUCUACCGCCAUCAGGAAUACUUCAGACUGAGGAACAAACUGUCGCCUCCCGCUGCCAGGAUUAUCUUCCAUGAUAUCACACGACAGCAUCUGGAUAUCGGCAUCAUCUGCUUCAUCAAAUACUUCAUCAACUAUUUCUUCUACAAAUUUGGACUUGAGACGUGCCUGCUGUUGGGGGUCAAUGUUAUCGGGCAGCGUAUGGACUUCUACGCCAUGCUUCACGCCUUCGCCUUGAUUGCAGUCAUGUAUAGACGCAGGAGGAAAGCCAUCGCCGAGAUCUGGCCCAAAUACUGCUUUUUCCUGGCCUGCAUGCUGACUUUCCAGUACUUUGUCUGCAUCGGGAUCCCACCAGCAGCCUGUAAAGACUAUCCUUGGAGGUUUCCCAACUCUACUACAGACUCCAACGUGGUCAAGUGGCUCUAUGUUCCAGAUUUCCGCACUCAACCCAAUCCAUCGUUUCUCAUCUAUGAUUUCAUGUUGCUGCUGUGUGCCUCCAUGCAGAGGCAGGUCUUUGACGAUGAGAACAAGGCAGCAGUCCGCCUCAUGGCUGGAGACAACGUGGAGAUCUGCAGAGACCUGGACGCAGCCUCUUUCAGCGUCCACAACCCCGUCCCCGACUUCAUCCACUGCAGGUCCUACCUGGAUAUGCUGAAGGUCAUCAUGUUCAGCUACCUGUUCUGGUUUGUCCUCACCAUCAUCUUCAUCACGGGGACCACGCGCAUCAGCGUCUUCUGUAUGGGCUACCUGGUGGCCUGCUUCUACUUCCUGCUGUUCGGUGGCGAGCUUUUGCUCAAACCGAUCAAAAAGAUCCUCCACUACUGGGACUUCCUGAUCGCGUACAACAUCUUUGUGAUCACCAUGAAGAACGUUUUGUCCAUCCUGGCUUGUGGCUACAUCAACUCUCUGAUUGAGAACCGCUGCUGGUUGAUCCAGCUGUUCAGUCUGGCCUGCACCAUCAAGGAAUACAACAUCAACAUCACCCAAAUCAAUAACAAGCUGUGUGAGCUGCCCAGCAAUGAGGCCGGGAUCAUCUGGGACAGCAUCUGCUUCGCCUUCCUGCUGCUGCAGAGACGCGUCUUCAUGAGCUACUACUUCCUGCACGUGGUGGCUGAUAUCAGAGCGUCACAGAUCCUCGCGUGCAGAGGGGCGGAGCUUUUCCAGGCCACGAUAGUGAAGGCAGUGAGAGCCAGACUGGAGGAGGAGCGCAAAUCUGUGGAGCAGCUGAAGAGACAGAUGGAGCGCAUUAAAGUGAGGCAGCAAAAGUUUAAGAGGGGCAAGGAGAAGAUGCUGAGCAUGGCGCAGGAGUCUGGAGAAGGACAGACCCUCGUCCAGCCGGAGGAGGAUGAUGAUGAUGGAGCACAUCGAACGAAAGCCAAGACCAAAAAAAAGCAGUGGUGGAGGCCGUGGGUUGACCAUGCUUCCAUGGUUAGAAGUGGAGACUAUUACUUGUUUGAAACUGACAGUGAGGAGGAAGAGGAGGAGGAGGAGAAAAAAGAGGAGGACCAGCCAAAGAAGUCUGCAUUUCAGCGAGCUAUUGGGAAGUUUGUCUCUGCUGUUCUGGCUUUGCCAAAGUCUAUCAUAAAGCUGCCUAAAACUAUACUGCAGUAUGUAGUCAAGGCAGGCAAGUUUCUCUAUCACGCCUGGAUCACAGACCCCAAAGCUGCCCUGAGGGCGCGGGGCAAAGAGAAACGCAAAUUUUGGAAAAAAUACACCAAAGGAGUUAGACACAGAAAAAGCAAGAGAGAUGCAGCUCAUGUGACUAUAGAGGUCGGCGACCUCUCAGAUGGGCAAGAGAGAGGAGAGGAGAACAAGAAGUCUGAGGGUCCAGACAACAUCAUCAAGCGAGUGUUCAACAUCAUAAAGUUCACCUGGGUGCUCUUCCAGACGACGGUUGACAGUUUCACCAAGUGGAUGAACGACAUGUGCAGAGAGUACAUCGACAUCUCCACCGUGCUGCGUAUAGAGCGCUGCAUGCUGACCAGAGAGGUCAAAAAGGGUAACGUGCCGUCCAGAGAGAGCAUCCACGUCUACUACCAGAAGGCCAUGAGGCUCAACAUGUCCAGGCAGGCCAGUAUGGAUCAGCUUUCUGAGGACGAGUCGGCCUCAGGCUCCACCAGGGUCCGAAGAAGGCGAGGAGGAUACCCCAUGGAGAGCCAGGACUCCACAGCCUCCAGAGACAGCAUGUCCAGCGCCUUCACCGAGGCUACCACUCUUUUUUCUCGCCAAUCCACUCUGGAAGACCUGGAUGGGAUGCCAGAGUCGAUUCCCAAAACCAGCGAGCGCUCCAGGCCCAAACUGCGUAAGAUGUACGGCCUGGACAUGUCCAAUUCGUCAAUGGACAGCUGCAGCAGCUUCAUGUCCAGUGAAGCAACCCAGUGCGUCACGCUCUACUCCAGACAGGGCACCACAGACACCAUAGAAGAAGUGGAGGAUGAACAGGAUCAAGGGGAGGACAAGCAGCAGCAGCAGCAGCAGCAGCAGCAGCAGGUUCUCUGGGAAUCCCAACAACUGGACGAGAGUGAGGGGGCCGAGGGCGCUCCCUGGAGUGACGGAGAACCCAGGUUGGAAGAGGAAGAGAAGGACCAGGACCAGGAGGAGGAGGGUGAGAGCCGUGAGGGACUGGAGUGUGAGGAGGGAUUAGAGGUACCAAUGGAUCAGGAGAGAGAGGUGGCUCCCUGGGACUCCUUUGGCCCAGAUGAGGGCCCCUCCCUCAGGCUCGAGGAGACAGAGUCUGCUCCCUCUGCCCAGGAAAAAGACUUCACCACAGAGAGUGAAGACGGGGGAGGACAACAGGACUUCAUGCAGACAGAAGGACGAGGAGGGGUGCUCUACACCCCCGAUACAGACGCUUCUAAAACGUCCGACGCUGACGUGCCUCCCAGCUACAGCAAGGCGGUCAGCUUCGACCGUCUGGAAGUGAGCGAUGACGAGAGUGACAUGGAUCGUAAGAGGCGCAUGAUUAUGACCUCUGACAGCCGCUCAGACAGCAGGUCGGACAUCAUGUUGCCAUCAAUGACCACCGAGCUGACCGCCAGCGAACUGCUGCUCAACAAGAUGUUUUAUGACGAGGAGCUGGAGCAGUCAGAUAGAUUUUACCAGAAGCAGCCUCUGAUCCUCCAGCUCUGCUACGCCCUCUACAACAUGCUGGUGGCUCACUCAGAGAUGGUGUGCUACCUGGUCAUCAUCAUCAACCACAUGGUGUCCGCCUCCUGCGCCACCCUGGUCCUUCCCACCACCAUCUUCCUCUGGGCCAUGCUGUCAGUGCCCCGGCCCAGCAAGCGCUACUGGAUGACUGCCAUCGUCUACACCGAGGUCACCAUCGUCAUCAAGUACUUCUUCCAGUUUGGCUUCUUCCCCUUCAACCAGAACAUUAUAGAUAAGAAUAAACCGUAUUACCCUCCCAACAUCAUCGGGGUGGAGAAGAAGGAUGGUUAUGUCCACUACGACCUGGUCCAGUUACUGGCUCUCUUCUUCCACAGAUCCAUUCUGAAGUGCCAUGGUCUUUGGGACGAGGACGAGGCCAAAGAAAAGAAAGAGCCGUCUCGUCAGAGCGAGUCAGAGGAUGAGGGAAAGGACAAGGAGGGGAGUGAGAAGGGUUCAGAGCACGCCUCCUCGCUGAUCAGCGAGGGGAGAAGCUCCGCUCACACCUUGAGAUCGAUAAACUUUGGGACCUCCAUUGAUUCAGGACACGUCCAGGUGCACUACCCACAACAGCAGACCUACCAGCGUCGCAAGAGCUCCAGCGGAGGCUCGCACAUUUCUCACCGAUCUCUUCACUCCUCUGCAAGGUCAAAGAGAGGAAGUACCGCUUCCCACAACAGCAGCCACAAGGACGGCAGCGAGGCCAGCGUCCAUCAGAAGACCCGCAAACAGAUGAUCAUGGAGAAGCUGAGGGAGCAGCUCCUUAAAGGAAAAGCUUUCGUCAUUAGGCGGUUCCUGGAGAUCUACCUUCCUAUGAGGCAGUUCUUCUAUAACUUGAUCCAUCCAGAGUACAGCGCAGUCACAGACGUCUACGUGCUGAUGUUCCUCGCUGACACAGUUGACUUCAUCAUCAUUGUGUUCGGAUUCUGGGCGUUUGGUAAACACUCGGCUGCAGACAUCACGUCGUCCCUGUCCGAGGAUCAGGUGCCUGGACCUUUCCUGGUCAUGGUGCUGAUCCAGUUUGGGACCAUGGUGGUGGACCGCGCCCUCUACCUCAGAAAGUCCGUCAUGGGCAAAGUCAUCUUCCAGGUCAUCCUGGUCUUUGGCAUCCACUUCUGGAUGUUCUUUAUCCUGCCAGGAGUCACAGAAAAACGUUUCAGCGAGAACACAGUCGCUCAGAUGUGGUAUUUUGUCAAGUGCAUCUACUUCGGGCUGUCGGCCUACCAGAUCCGCUGUGGAUAUCCCACCCGAGUUUUGGGAAACUUCCUCACCAAGAGCUACAAUUAUGUCAACCUCUUCCUGUUUCAAGGUUUCCGCCUGGUGCCGUUUCUGACGGAGCUGCGGGCCGUGAUGGACUGGGUUUGGACCGACACUUCUCUGUCUCUGUCCAGCUGGAUCUGUGUGGAGGAUAUCUACGCUCACAUCUUCAUCCUCAAAUGCUGGAGAGAGUCUGAGAAGCGGUAUCCUCAGCCCCGAGGCCAGAAGAAGAAGAAGGUGGUGAAGUACGGGAUGGGAGGGAUGAUUGUCGUGCUGCUGAUCUGUAUCGUCUGGUUCCCGCUGCUCUUCAUGUCACUGGUUAAGUCUGUAGCCGGGGUCGUCAACACGCCGCUGGACGUGUCGUUUGCCAUCACCCUGGCUGGCUUUCAGCCCAUCUUCACCAUGAGCGCUCAGCAAACACAACUGCAGACUGUGAACGAAACCGAAUUUGACAACUUUAAGCGUCGAUAUGGGAAGAACGACGAAGCCUUGCAGUGGUUGGAGAGCUACAUGCCACAAGAUCUGAUCAUUGCCGAGCUGAAAGGCAGCUCCAACUCUCUGUGGACCAUCAGUCCGCCCAGCAGAGACAACCUGAUACGAAUGCUGGACAACGACGAGGAGGACUUCCCUAUCACUGUGUCCUGGUCUGUGCAAAGAAACCUCACUUUUGGUGCCAAGGCGGAAAUAGCGUCAGGAAAACGAGUGACGAGUCUGGAUCCAAGCACAAAGCAGCAGCUCAUUAAGCUCCUAAAUGGGACCGCAGGCAACUCACAAGUGACCCUAAAAGAGAUCUUCCCUCGUUAUAUUCGAGCUCCCAGCGACUCCGAUGCCAAGUCUGUCAGUCAGCUUUAUGAAGAUGACAAGAUGUUCAACAUAAGCUUGACCUUGAAGCGAAGUGAGUCCUUCACGAAUCAGAGCCAGGAAUGGUGGAUUGUCAACCAGACGGUGCUCGGCCCGAUACCAAAAAGGCCUCUGAAAAAUAAGUAUGAUUACGGCUUGGAGCUCUACGUGUUCAGCGACCAAGUCAGCCCGCCCAGUUUGGGCUUUCUGGCUGGAUAUGGGAUCAUGGGCUUGUACGCCUCUGUGGUUCUUGUCAUCGGCAAGUUUGUGCGAGAGUUUUUCAGCGGCAUCUCCCACACCAUCAUGUUCGAGGAGCUGCCCAACGUGGACCGAAUCCUCAAGCUGUGCACCGACAUCUUCCUGGUCCGAGAGACAGGCGAGCUGGACCUGGAGGAGGACAUGUACGCCAAACUCAUCUUCCUCUACCGCUCCCCAGAGACUAUGAUCAAGUGGACCCGAGAGAAAACGCAGUGAAACUCAGCGAGGGGACGUCAACUAAUGAAGCCAAGGGCUUUACAGACAGGAGACGCUUUUUCAGGAAGUCGCUCUGACGGUCUGAGCAGCUGAUUCGCCUGCUGAGGGAGCACAAAGUCAGCUGAGGACCAACUCUGUCCUCUACAACUGAGCUCUGAUGGCAGUGAUACAGAGUUAGCUCCAAAGUUAUAAAGAAACUGGUAUUUUCUACUGUUUACGGAUGAAAAACAACAAUUGCAGUCAUAUUAUUGAGGACAGAUUUGCCGGUGCUGUAUUUAUCUCACAAAACUUGGCUCAGUUUGGCAUCCAGUGGAUAAAAUAAGCAGCUGGUGUCCAGUUGGAGGCGGAGAAAUGUUUUAGGACAAUUUUCCUAAAUUAUAAAAUCCCUUAUACAAGGUAGGUUUUUAAACACAAAUGCCCAAAUCGCUCUUCAUGCUCCUCCUCUAACAUUUUCAAAAUCACACAGCAGGCGGAGAGACUGCAACAUUAAACUUUUAAGGGCUUCCCACCAACAAAUAAGUGCACAAAAACAACCACAUGAGCACAAUCUCGUUUUUUCUCCAUACUGGAACGCUUGGACUGUGGGACUGUGCAAUAUUGAGUUCCUCCAAAAUUUUUGAAGGAUGUGGACUGAAAGAAAAACACCGGUUCUGACAAAGAAACAUUCACAUUUUCCUUUUUUUAAAAAGGUCAGAGCCACAUGGGAGCCCCCUGAGAGACGCAGCAUUAUCAGACAAUCUUUACUUGCCUUAUUUUGUUUGUAUGAACUGUUACCAACUACAUACAUAUCUUUCUCAGGAAGAGCUGUUUUCACAGAUAUUCAUUGUAUGAGUUAUAUGUUCCAAUAUGUAGGCUUUGAUGGAUCUAAAAGACUGUAGAAAAGAUUUAUUUAAAUGGCAUGAAAUUUAACGUGGAUAUUGUUCAGAUGGACUUUGAUACAGAGUACGUUUACUGCACAGGCUGCAUUAAGAAAGUGAAUUUAUCGCUGUGGACCGUUCAAUUGCCAAUCACCCGUGUUUCUGAAUCAUCUACAGGUUGGCUUGAGUCGAGACCAGCAGAGGGCUGUUUCUGAAUCAGGGUAACGUGCAUCAGGCGGUAGAUUCUUGCACACCACUUGUGAACCUGUUUUUAACAUUCAUACUGAUGAACACUGUGCAUUCAGUCAUCACGAAGAGCAGAAACACACAAAAAAGAUUCCUCACAUGAAGGGCUGAGACACGAAGCCCUUUGGUCCAAACUAUGCAUUAAAGGACAUUGUAGCAUGAUAGAAAAAAACCUUCAUUAUUGCCAUGUCUAAUUUUCAUUACAUGUACAUACGAUUUUAAGGGGGGACAGGUCACGGUGGAAUGAAAUGUGAAAUUGUACCUGUAUGCUUAAGGCGAUGUGGUAUGAUAGAGGUCCAGAGAUCUGCUAAUAAAACAUCUGGAAAGG